AUGCCCCUUCCUUCGCCGCGUACGGUCCAAACCGAUCCUAAUAUUUUACGUAAAUUACAUCUCGCCCAUACGAAAUCCAUUGCGAAUGCCCAAAGUUUGAUUGAUGUGAAACCGACGAAGAUGUUGGCAACAACCUUUUUGAAUAUGAAUAAACUUAAGGAUGAUUUCAAGGCUAGCAAAAGGAUACUCAAGGAUAAUAUACAACUGCUGAAACGGAUAAAUUAUAUACAACGAAAUCAUGGCAAAACAGAAUGCUACAACAAAUACCAGGGACAAAAGCGGGCCUAUUUGGAAAAUGUGAAUAGGCAACGGGAAAGAAUACAAAAGGAGAAUUUCGAAUUGGGUUGUCGUUUGCUGAAGAUUACCUCAACAAUGGAUACCCAUGAAAGAGUUAAGCAGUCGAAGGAUGUAAUCGAAAGAGAAGAAAAACAACCAUCCCCACCGCUUGAUGGGGCAAUGUUAAGUGCCUACAUGGAGGUGGCAUUGGUAAAAGAAAGAGAAAUGAUGGAAAAGCUGCUAAGGCCUAAAAUCUAUUUGGAUCUCGGUGUCAAGAACAUCCGUCACUUGGGUCGAUUUGUUAUUCAGCUAUAUACCGAGGCAUGUCCGGAUUUGGUAUUGCAGUUUGUACGGCUUUGUACCCAUAAUAUGUGUGAUCAAAUCCAAUUUAUACGCAUCUUUCCUCUGCUAUGGCUUGAGCUAGAACUUGCAGUAGAAAAUGAAAUUCUAAGUAAGUCGGAUUUUGAAUAUAAGGACAAUUGUUUGAAUCUAGCUCAACGCGUUGGUGUUCUGUCAUUUGCCAAAAGUUAUCUACAAGGAUUCCCAUGGGGUCUGUUAAAUUUUACCAUAAAUUUUAAAACUGUGCCUCUGUGCCAAAAUAAACGCCUACCCUUUGGCAUUAUAACCAAGGGUCUAAGGAUAUUAGCCUGCCUCCCAGAGUAUGGUACACGAAAUGGUAAAACUAAACGGGAUAUUGUUGUCAAUAAAUGUGGUCUCUUGUGA